AUGACACUUGAAAGUACAAUUAUUUGCGUUGAUAAUUCGGAAUAUUGCCGAAACGGUGAUUUUGGUCUCAAUCGGCUUAUUUCCCAGCAAGAUGCGGCUAAUCUCGUCGCUAGAACGAAGCUCAAAUCCAACCCUGAAAAUGACGUUGGUCUUCUUACUAUGUCUAACAACUACUUGGUCACGACUUUAACCGCGGACCAGCAAAAGUUCCAAUCCGUGAUGGCCAAGGUCCAGCCAGAAGGAGAGGUCAAGCUUUCAGCAGCUGUCCGAGUCGCUCAACUCUCACUUAAACACCGAAUGCAUAAAAAUCACCGACAACGAAUCGUCGUUUUCAUCUGCUCGCCGAUUCUUGAAGAUGAAAAGGAAUUGAUCAAAGUUGCCAAGCGAUUGAAAAAAGAAAAGGUCAACCUUGACAUCGUUUCUUUCGGCGAAGACGAAGCCAACCAGGCUAAACUCACCGCUUUCAUCAAUACUCUCAACGGCAAAGACGGCAGUGGAAGCCACCUUGUUCGAAUUUCUAGUGGCAACAAUCUCGACCAAGCUCUUCGUCAGUCUCCAAUCAUCGGCGAUGAUGGCCCAGUUGGCGGUGCCUUUGCCAUGGACGACGCUGAAACUGAUCCAGAACUUGCUAUGGCUCUUCGUAUCUCUCUUGAGGAACAGAGAGCUCGACAAGAGACCGACGGUGGUGGAGAACAAGAGACCUCCGGUGGAGCUGCUCCAGCUGAAACGGAAGCAAUGGACGAAGAUCGAGCAAUGCUAAACGCUGCUUUGAGCAUGAGCAUGGGCGGUGCUCCAGCUGCUCCAUCAAAUGAUGAACCAAACUUUGCUGCAAUGACGGAAGAGGAGCAAAUCGCUUAUGCUCUGAGGAUGUCAAUGGCCGACUCGGCUCCGGCAGAGGAAACUCCUGCUGCUGCUGCUCCAGCAGAAUCAAUGGAAACUGAUCAAAACGCAGAAGAGCUAGUGACUGACCCCGAAUUCCUCCGGUCCAUUAUCGAGACGCUCCCAGAAGUCGAUCCGAACUCCGAUGCUGUUAAAGGCGCCCUUGGCGAGAAGAAGAAAGAAGGUGACGACGAUAAGCCCAACUAA